AAAGGUUUAAGUUUACUCGCUAAUUUUUCACGAACUUGAACUACGUGGAAGGUGAUCAUUAUCUAGUCACUUAUACCUUAACAUGCCAGGCAACUUUUACACGAUUUGUAAUGUGAUCAUUUCAUGUUUAUCAUCAUCAUUGCUUUUGAACGAAAAUAUCAUCAUACCAUCAGAGACUAAGCUACAACAUAGAGGAGAGGAGACACAAUCAUCUUUAAAUGCAGUUUAAAAAUCGGGAAACUUUCUAACCUGAAGAUUUGUCUGGAAUUGAUUUGCGAUUAACAAUAAAUUUGAACUUAAAGAAGAUGAAUUCAGAUGUAUCACCUUCAAGAUCGAUGAACUCGCAGUUUUUCAUUCUUAUCAUGAUGACGAUAAGUCAUCCGUUGCCCAUUGGAAGCCGAGCCGUGAUCGAUUGGCCACUCGUAGCCGGUGACCUGACCUCGAUGGAUGUCGAUGACCACCGUCAAGUGAGAAGUGUUUCUUCGAUACAGAGGUCGAUGACAAAAGCAAUGUCGAGCACCGAAGCCGAGGAGUCAAGAGAACCGUGGCAAAUAAAUCAAAAUAUUUGUCCACCGCCCCUUUCACAUUUGUGCAAUAUUCAGCUUCAAACUCGAAAUGGUGAAACCCAAAGCUCUUUCGUCUCUCCUUUCUUCGAGGGUGACAUCAUACUGGACUGGGACCAGAGAAGACAACUGGGACUGGCGAGUAUGCGUCAACGGUCGUCUCGAUCUCGAUCACGUCGUGCUAUCAUCGAAGGCCGUGAUCGUCGAUGGCCGGACGCCAUCAUACCGUACACAAUAGAUCCGGAUUUCAAUCAUGAAACUGUUCGACUGAUCAAAUCGGCCCUACGUCACUGGCAGCAGAAUACGUGCAUCAGAUUUGUUCAGAGGGAAUCAUCUCACCAAGAUUAUCUCAGAUUCGCUUAUUUUCCAGGAUGUUGGUCAUUCAUUGGUCGUCAGGGAGGGGAGCAGUUGAUAUCCAUGGGACCAGGGUGUAAGGUAUUCAGUACUAUCGUCCACGAACUCGGACACGCUAUCGGAUACUGGCAUGAACAGAGUCGUCAGGAUCGAGAUCAGUACAUCCAGAUAGUCCAGCGGAACAUUGCCCAAGGAACAGAAGAGAAUUUUAACAAGAUCGACGUCGACAACGUUACCUCCCUGGGCUACCCCUACGACUUCGCGUCCGUUAUGCAUUACUCCGCCAACGCCUUCAGCGCCAAUGGAAAGCCAACGAUACGGAUGAAGAAGAGAUACCGCGAACUCCUCCCCGAGGUCAGAGCAAGCAUGAACCGACCUAGCAAUGGGCUGAGUGAGCUGGACAUUGCCCAGACUAGAGGGUUGUAUGGGUGCAAUGUUAGAGCAGCCAGGAGACAGAAGAAAGAGCCUUGCUUCAAUAGCGAAAGCGGCGACGGACGCGAUUACCGCGGGAAUGUGGACUUCACCGAGAGCGGCAUCACCUGUCAAAUAUGGACGUCGAAAUACCCACACGAACACGACUACGUGUCGGAGGACGACGCCAUCAAUGAGAGUAUGGGUAUUGGACAUCAUAACUUCUGCCGGAAUCCUGGGGGACGCGAGAGACCAUGGUGCUUUACCACACUAAAGGACACCGUCUGGGAGUAUUGUGAUAUAAAAAUAUGCCCAUCUUCAUAACACAUGAAUUUAGAGGCUAUAUAUAUAUGAUAGAAAUACAAAUAAGAUAAUUGAACAUCACCUGAUUUCGUGGUGCGCCAAAGGUACAGAUUAACAGCUGUCAAGUUAUUGUUUGAAAAACUUUGGCAUUCCUGAGAUAUCCCUGUGAUUCUGUUUGCUUAGAUUCCUUUUUUUUUUAUUGCCACCACUUCUUUCACCAUAUCUUCAUAUAGAACAACAUUGUCUUUCUUUCAAAUACAAGUUUUUCAUAUUUUCUUUCUUUCUUUUUAACUUUUCCUCGGACCAUAUUAUUUCUAUCAUUCCUCAUAUUCUCUCCCUUGCUCUCUCUCCAAGCCGUUUAUAAUUUUUCAUGCCAACUAUUUCCCCUUACCUUUCCCUCUCUCUUCUUCCAUUUCCUUCAGACCCUAUUCUGCCAAAUCUUCUCAUUCUAGUCUCUCACAUUCUCUCUUAACCUUCCUCCCUCUCAUUAUCCUCUCUCACUGACUCUCUCCCCUCUCUUUUGUUUUUCUUACAACUUCUCUUGCACUACUCUCUCCCUCUUUCUCAACAAAGUUAACUUCUUAACUUUCCUGUAUCAUUAACCCAUUUGAUAUGUUCCUUAUUAGCUUUUGCUGCUUCUGUGAAAGACCCUCC